UUCUUUUCCAAACCUCACUCUCUUCGUCUCUCACUCUCCCAUUAUCCAACAGACCAGAAAAAUGGCGGCAUCUCUUUCCUCAACAAGAACCCUCACUACCACCACUAAACAAUUCUUCGUCGAAUUCCCUUUCCGCUCCAAUUUCGCCUCCUCCACUCUCACUCACAGGUCCACCCACCUCCGGCCCAUCGCUGCCGUUUCCGCUCCCGAGAAAAUCGAAAAACUCGGCACCGAAAUCUCCUCUUUAACUCUCGAGGAAGCUCGCACUCUGGUCGACUACCUCCAGGACAAGCUCGGAGUCUCCGCUGCCGCCUUUGCCCCAGCCGCUGUCGUCGCUGCACCAGGAGCAGCUGCGGAUACUGGACCGGCUGCGGUGGAGGAGAAGACGGAAUUCGAUGUGGUGAUCAAUGAAGUGCCAUCUAACGCGAGAAUUGCAGUGAUUAAAGCGGUUAGGGCAUUGACUAGUUUGGCUUUGAAAGAAGCUAAGGACUUGAUUGAAGGCUUGCCUAAGAAGUUCAAAGAAGGAGUUUCAAAGGAAGAGGCAGAGGAGGCUAAGAAACAGCUUGAAGAGGCUGGAGCCAAGGUGUCUAUUGCUUGAAACAAGGUUAAUUUUGUAUUUUUUUUUUCUGGGGAGAUUUGUAGUGUUCUAUUUUUGUUAAUUUGAAAAAUGUAUUUGAAUUCAUAGAAUUUGUAAUUGAAUGUGGAUUUCCAGUGUUUUAGGAUUUAUGGGUUUGAGUAAAAUCUAAGAAAUUAGCAUGAAA